AUGAUUGAAUUAGAUACUAAUAAUUAUGUUAAAGCGACACAUUUACAUUUAAAACUUCAUAUUAAUUUAAAAGGUUCAAAUGAUUAUUUACUACGAUAUCUAAAAUCACCUUCUAAAAAGGAUUAUUUAUAUAACCAACAAUCCAAACAGCAGCAACAACAACAACAACUGCAUCUUCUAAAAUCGAACAGAUCAUCGACUUCAUUAUCAUCCAAGUUAUCACCAACUUCAAGUAAACAAUUUGCAUCUAAUGAUAAAUCAUCGAGACUACUACCGAAGAAACAGCUUAUUGAUCAACCACAAAAGGAAGAAUCAAAUCAAAUUGUGGUACCAAAUCAAUCAAUAGAUUGUGACCCGGAAAUUGUGAUUAUUCUAAUAAAUCGAAUGUUGACUUCUUUAAUUAAAAUUAAUGAUACUACUACUGCAAAUACUCCACCUACCAGGUUUCACAGCAAAACUCCACCUUCAAUACAAAUAUUUUCAUACCUUAACCGUUUACGAAAGUUUAAUUGUUUAAAUCCAACCAUUUUACUUACAACCAUAUAUUAUAUUGAUGUGUUGUCUUAUAAUUAUACAUGUUUUAGUUUGAAUUCAUGGACAGUUCAUCGAUUUUUGUUGGUUGCAACUAUGAUUGCUCAAAAGGCAUUGGAGGAUUUUUUUUAUACUAAUGACCAUUAUGCUAAAGUUGGCGGGGUUUCGUUACAAGAAUUGAAUUGUUUGGAAUUGGAUUUCUUACAACGAAUCAACUGGAGAACUAUUCCUAUACAUAAUCCUAAUGUUCAGCAAUUGUAUUAUCAUAAGUUGGUGGAAAUGACUGGUAAGUCAUCGGCCAGUAAUGAUGAUACUGAAUACAAGUUGACAAAAUUCAUAAUAAAUACUGAGCAAGAACAUAAAGACCAAGAUCUAAGUGAUUACGAAGAGGAGGAAGAUGAUGAGGUUGAAGAUGACGGGUUCUAUGAUAGUGAUGAAGAUGACGAGGAGGGAGAAGAUGAAGAUGAUAGUGAAGAUGACAGUGAUAUAUUGGAUCCACAACAUACAAAUGGUUUUCGUGGAGAUCAUGAAAUGGAAGAUGCUGAUACCGUUGCAUCUGAAAUCCCUCCAGAUAUUCCUAUGUAUAAAUAUGACAGUCAAGGUUUCAGCAUAGAUGGUACAUCGUCACCACAUUUGAAAAGAAGAUAUAGUAGUGAUUAG